AUGACCUGCUCCGGAUGUGCCUUAUUUGUCAAGCUUCCGCACGAGAAAACACCGGCGAGCUGGAAGCCGGCAGAGAGCCAGCUGCUGGCCGACGUGGCGCAGCUUGACUUCGUCGAGGAUAGAGACACUAUCCCGUCCAAGGCCUAUUUUUGUUUCCCCAGCGACUUUGGGGAUGAUGACACACCGAUGGACGCAUGGGAUUCGCGGCAGUAUCUCGCCCAUCUGCGAACGGCGGCCGGUGUGUUGGUGGGGCCUCCUAGGUGUGGCGGCAGCAUUCACCACUCCGUCUUGAAGCUGCGCAAGGUAGAUGACACCGGGUCCUGGAGCGACUCUGUGCGGACUUACGGCUUUUCGGGAAUCCGACAGUCUGAUCUGCGGGCCAUACAGCCAUGGAGGAACGCGGCUGAGGCCAAGGCCAACGGCGAGUGGGCAAAGGAUUCCAGGGGAAAUGAUGUUGCGCGCAUGCCUGAAGUACAACUUUUGCGCCAAACCCUCCCAGACAAGAACGUAUACUUUGUUAUACCGGGAUUCUACCCAGAUAUGACGCCCGAUUUUGCCAACUUCGUCCCAGAGGUCCACUUACUCCGACCGACCAGCGUCCAGUUCCCAGCUGCUUUGUCCCGUAUGCGUGCUAUUGUUGACAACUUCCUGGGAAAUGAGGUUCAUGGAGUGACCCAUAUUCGCCUGCUCUCGGGUCGACGGACAAUAGGGGAUGAUAUCGACAGCAAUCAGGGGACACUUCUGCUGCCAAUGAAGGGCACGGUAUCGGCUGACCAUAUCGCCAAGUGCCUCACCGAACUCGUCCGAGACGAUGCCCGCUUCAUCGUACUGCACCCGAUAUACCAGGAUGAGGAAACUACGCUCCAUGCAGGGUGGGCAAAAGGAACUUCCUCUCGGGAGUCAACUCUCCCUCUGCCACCACUGGGCUCGACUGUCGCCGAGUUCAGGGAGCAGGUGUAUGAGCUGUGCCAGCUACUGGUCGGCGAGCGGGUUUUGUACAAUCCCGACGCCGACGAUGUCAGCAUCAGCCCCUAUCUUUUGAAUGGACUGGAGCUACCGACCUACAUUGUUGGCCCGAAAACAACAGAUGAUGAGUGGUUCAGUAUUCGUGCCCAGAUGCCCACGCGCAAUGCCAAUGUGCACAUCUGGCCAGCGUCGAAAUGGGAUUGGCAAAAGCGCAUGGCCAGGAGCAACAUUUGGGGUCCUCGGUAUGGGCCUGCGGCGCGUUACAGUGGGAAUUCUGACGUCGACGAAAAGAACCUGGCUCUCCAACGACCAACUCAAGUAGAUUCUUACAGGCUCUCUGAAUCGACCGACGUUAUCGACAGCGAUUUGAUGGCAAAGCAACGGAAGCCUAGGCAGUCACGGCAUGAAUCUGACAACGCCGGCUCCCAGGUCUACUCCAUAUUCGAGGAUCACCGUUCAGUGUCACCGGUUGAAUACGAGCCGAAAGGCUCCGCAGUGACUGCGGCCAUCGUUCCGGACAUCGGGCUCAACGAAGUCGCCCGCGAGAAACGCCUCACUCGAAAACUUCGCAGCAUGCUCCUGCAGCGCAUUGUAAGAUGUCCCUACCCCCAGUGCGACUUUACUAUCCGCGGCGAGGAAAAUCAUGCGUUCGAAUCGCACGUUUACAAGUGGCAUCUCGCGAGGAAGUGUAUCUGGUGCGACGAGCCUGUCUUCGAAUGGUGGGAUGAUGAACGCAAAGAUAGGCAUCUGCGAGAGAAGCACAGAGAACGUCUUAUGGGUUCACUGGGCGUAACCAGUGGCGUCAUCACGCAGAGAGACGGUGAGGAGAUAGUAACCAUCCCCCUCAAACAACUGCCCUCGAUCGUGUACUGGUCCAGCAGCCUCCCGGGACCACCUGCUGACACCAACCCGUACGACGACGACGAGACACGCCAUGCCACCUCCCUACAUCCGCUGUAUGGACCUGGCCAGCGCUUCUGCGACCGUUGCGGUCGUGAUCGGCGACACUUUGCGACGAAGGCGGAGGAGUUAUAUCACGACCGAAACUGCGUCCCUGGGGUUCUUAAUGGUGCACGAUGCAACUUCUGCAAAGACUGUGGCGCCUACCGGUGGUACACGCACGAGGACAUCCUUCGCAGUGGCCGCUGCCCGAACGGUGCGUACGAGCCUUGCAGUCACUUGUCGGAUCCGCAGGGGCCCGGGGAGUUCUGCGUUCGUUGCGGCAUCGACUUCCGUCCUCUCUCACCGAGCGUACGUUUACUCCAUGAAGAGUCGUGCAGGGGCUAUGAUUCGCAACCGGGGCGCUUCUGUCCUCACUGCGGCGUCAACUUUUGGGAGGGACAUGCCGUGGCCGACUGGCACUACAACACCCGGCAUAUAGAGACAUGCGCGGCCAUGGGGGACGAGGAGACUGCCAUCGAGCCGCGUAACGACGGGGAUAGCGAGGGCCAGACGAAUAAGCAGUCGAAGGCGAACAAGGACGAUGCAUCCAGGAAGCCAAAGAAACGGAAGAGGUUUACUGGGAACGAGGAUGACAACACCGCCGACUCACACUGCGGGCCCGAGGACGCCCUCGAAACCAUGCGCGACCAGCCCACACUCUCCAGGGUGGAGCAAGGGGGGGCAAAGCGUCGUCGCGACGAUGCCGACACCAGCUAUUCGGGCGAUAUCUCCAGCGACUCAUCAGAUAGCCUAGCACCCAACGAGGUCGAAACUGGGCGACCCGCUAAGCGCCAGCGAAGACGCAGGACCAAGGAUGACGACGGGCUGUAUCAGUACUCGUCCGAUGAGGAUUCAGCCGAUGGACUUUUGCCGGACGAAGACGACUUGCGCCGUGAAGAGAGCGCAGGCGACGAGGAGACGGCGGACCAGGCCGAGUCCCAAAUCUUCACCGAGGCGGGCGAGACUGAGCGGCCGAAGAAAGCGUUUGUCGUCUCUUCUGGAGAGUUGGACGGUGAGUAUCGGUAUGCCAGCGAUGGAUAUGGACGGCGGAAGAGACGCAAGAUUUUCGUUCAGAGCAAAGCGAUGGCGACGGCAAAGGAUGCAGCAUCUCUGCCGAAGCAGGGAGCUAAUCAGACCACCAACCGGACGACGGAGCACCGCAGAAACGAGCUUGUCGACGAGGCUGCUGCCACCCAUGAACGCCCUGUACCCCUGGAAGUUCCAGUAGCACAAGAACCGGCUCGAUCCCCAACAAGUUCGUCUGACCAUGCGAAUGGGUCACCCUUGGAUCAAAAUGAUGCUUCUGAAGCUGCUUCAAGACCACCAGCACCUCCUCCUGCCUCUCCUCCCGACCCAUCGAGGACUAGCACCAAGCAGGUCAAGAAGCCCACAAACAAGAAGGCCGCAGGAAAGAGAAGGAAGAAAGCUACAGCUAAGGCCGUACCCAAACCCAAGCCACUGCCAAAGCCUGCGAAGGCUGCUGUGCGAAGGAAAGCGACCGUGAAGAAGGAGGCAACGCCAGAUGGGACGCCGACAUUGUCGUCAAUACCAUUAGCGGACCAUAUCGUAGCGACGGAGGCAAAUACGCAAAAGGAUGGUAGGCCAUUGCGACGGUCAACGCGGACCCGAAUCAGAACCCAAAAGACGCGAGCCUAG